AUGAGUGCGCAAAGUCAGUUGCCAAAUCUCGAUAAAAUUUUUCGAGAUGAUGAUGAGCCUGAUUUUGUACCUUCUGGAGGGUCUAAUUUAGCUGCUAUUUUUGGGUUACAACCGAAGCUUCCAGAUCCUCAUUCUAAACAAACAGCUCCCAAGAAAAAUAAUACUCGAUAUAAUAUACAGCAAAAUGCACCAUCUACCAAGACAGAAGUUUUGAUAGCUAAAGCUGUAUAUGCUUUUAAAUUGCAAAAUGGUCAAUAUGUUUCCAUUGGAAAACUUGGUAUGGCAUUGUCAGGCAAUCUUACGACAAAACUAUAUCAGGUAAUUUUAUACAAGAACAAGCAAGAAUAUGUAUCUGUUGCCACAGUGACACAUGAAUUUGUAUAUACUAUACAAGCAAACAAUUAUGCCAGCUAUUACGACAAUAACAAAGAUAAUUGGUCUAUUUCAUUCGAGAAUAAUGACAGUUAUCUGGAAUUUGCAACAGAAGUAGGACUGGCACGUUACUUUGUAACACAAGAAAGGGGAGAGAAUGUGAUUUACCAAGAUUUAAUGCCAAGCAGUAAAGAUGUGAUUGCGAAAGAAGGAGAUAAUAUAUGCAUUAAAUAUUUCGUAGCAACUGAGAUAGUACAACCUUUUAAAACAAAUUUUGUGAUGUCACAAAUGACUGUAGAAAUAUCGACGGACGAGAAUUGGGAGAGACUUCUUCUGGGCACUGGCAAGGGUCUGAAACGAGUUUUAUUCUUACCUCCUAGCAAACAGAUUAGUUUAGGUCCUGGAUUUCCUAAAGAGAGAGAUAUUAUGCUAAUAAUAGAAAUAAUGGAUAUACGAGUACCGGAAGAAAAUCCGCCUGCAUCCAAAAGCUCCACAAGUGAAAAAGCUGCUAUAAUAUCAAGAAUGGCAAAAAUGGGUCAGUCUAUCUUACCAAAAAUGCCUGUAUUAUCCACUACUGACUCUGAAGAUACCGAGGAUGAUGCGCCUCAUAAACCUCAUCACAAAAAGAUUGAGCAAUCGGAAGGAAUUUCGCAGAAGAAGAAUUUGUCGCACGAGUCAUUAGAAGAAAAGAGAGCCGCCCGGAAAAUUGUGGAGACAAAAACUGAAAUGCCUUCUAUAGAUUCUAGUAUGUACAAGCCAUUGGUUGCUGCACCCCCAUUAACACAACAGUGGUCACCGUAUUAUGCUGGUCAUUAUGUAACGAUGGACAAUCAGAUGUAUCCUGUACAGCAGACUCUAAAUCGUACAAUACCAACCGCUCUAGAUCCCGGGAUUAAUAUGUUGCUAUCAGAAAGCAGAGUAGCAAAUGCGGAAAUACGAAUGGGAAUGUCCAAAGUAUCCGAUAAUGUUCAAAAAUUAUUGGAUAAGUUUCAUGCUCUCGAGCUUCAAAAUGCAACAACUCCUACCAUCGAAAAAACAACUUUGGAUACCUCUUGGAAAAUGUUUUUAGCUCUCAACGCAUCUCAGACGGCAAUAAAAGAUAAUGAAUUGCCAAAAAGUAUCGCUAAAGACAUAUCAGAUGAGAAAGUUCAGGAGGCACAGGGCAGAAUAAGUGCUUUAGAAAAUGAUCUAGAAAAAUCAAAAGAAGAGAAGAAAUCAUUGUUACAAAUCAACGAAGAUAUGAAUAAAAGACUACAAGAAUUAGUAACAGAACUGACUGAUACAAAGGACGAAUUGAAGAAAACCAAAGAAGCUUUAGAAGUAGCUAAAAAUACAAUUAAACAGUGUAGAGACGAAAAUGUUCAUUUAGAAGAUAAACUUUCUAAAUGUAAUAAAGAGCAGAUUCUUCAAGCCGAUGCAAUAUUUUCCAAACAGAAAGAUAUUGAACAGAAGAACAAAGAAAUUAAGCAAAUAAUGAAUAAAACAUAUCAUACAUUAUCAGAACGACUCGCAGAUGAAUCACGGUCUGAAUUAUCUUUUGAUUAUGUGAAGUCAACUAUCGCAAAUACAAUAAAGCAUAUUACUUUACAAGUAUUAUAUGAAGAUUCUGACGAAGAAGAUAAAGAAUUUAAAACAAAUAAAGAUAUGAUCGGCAUAGAUACUAAAAUUAUUGACCAGCAAUACGAACGAAUUGAAAAACCAGUAUUACACGCAACUAACGAUAAUAUCUCAAUAAAACGCUCGGACACUUCAACAUCUAAUACGAUCAUGCCUAUAUUUGAACAUGAACCACCACCUGUUCCACUUGAUGGCAUUGAUGAACUUGAUAGUGAUUGAUUGAUUGAUUGAUUCUCAUACUAGUCGAUUUUUUAAUAUGCCAUUAUUUCAUGCUGCAAGAAAACCAUAUUACUUCAUAAUAUAUUCACUAUUUUUAAGAUACCUGCAUAUACAUAUCUAAUACAUAUGUAUUUUUUAAUCUAUUUUAUUUCUAAUAAAUUGAGUAAUACAAAAUUUUGUAUCAGUUAAA